AUGGCAGAUACAGCCCCCAACGGCCCCCAAGGGGCGGGCGCAGUGCAAUUUAUGAUGACCAAUAAACUGGACACAGCAAUGUGGCUUUCUCGUUUGUUCACAGUUUACUGCUCUGCUUUGUUUGUUCUGCCUCUUCUUGGGUUGCAUGAAGCAGCAAGCUUUUACCAACGUGCUUUGCUGGCAAAUGCUCUUACUAGUGCUCUGAGGCUGCACCAAAGGUUACCGCAUUUCCAGUUAAGCAGAGCAUUCCUGGCCCAGGCUUUGUUAGAGGACAGCUGCCACUACCUGUUGUACUCGCUCAUCUUUGUCAACUCCUACCCAGUUACAAUGAGUAUUUUCCCUGUCUUGUUGUUCUCUUUGCUUCAUGCUGCCACAUACACUAAAAAGGUCCUUGAUGCAAAGGGUUCAAAUAGUUUACCUCUGCUGAGAUCUGUCUUGGAUAAACUAAGUGCUAAUCAACAGAAUAUUCUGAAAUUCAUUGCUUGUAAUGAAAUUUUCUUGAUGCCUGCUACAGUUUUUAUGCUUUUUAGUGGUCAAGGAAGUUUACUCCAGCCUUUUAUAUACUAUAGAUUUCUUACUCUUCGAUAUUCCUCUAGAAGAAAUCCAUAUUGCCGGAACUUGUUUAAUGAGCUGAGGAUUGUUGUUGAACACAUAAUAAUGAAACCUGCUUGCCCACUGUUUGUGAGAAGACUUUGUCUCCAGAGCAUUGCCUUUAUAAGCAGACUGGCACCAACAGUUGCAUAG